CACGGCCAAGAAAUAAUAAUAAUAAUAAUAAAGACCUCCUCCAUCUUCUUUCAUUUUUCCAUAUAAUUCUGACCGUCGGAGGUCUCUCGACGGAAAUCCAUUCGACAGUCCUCGUCUACCUUCCCCGAACCCUCCCUUUCAUUCAGAAUCACCCUACAAAUCUUUCAAUGGCUCAUUCUCUUUAUCAAACUUGAAUCGCUCACCCACAGAUCCACAACUCCCACGCAACAGCAGCGCAACUACCAUUUUCAGAUCCCCAUUCCUAUCCCCCGCCUCACGUCCCUCUACCAUAUGGUCCCCACCUCCAGUACCCUCCUUGUCUGCUUCUCCCUCUGUCAUAGCACUCCCACUCACACAGAAGAAGCAAAAAAACGUCGUUGCGAAACAGGCAGCUGGUGGGUCACCUUUGUCGCCGUCAUCCUAGGCUUCCUCGCAGCAGCAGCACUCUGCUUCAAAGGCUGGAACGGUGUAAACGUCCUCGAAGACAGCCAACUCUGCAUCGUCAUGGAUGAAGAAUUUUCUGCCGGUUCUCUCGAUGACACAAACUGGACUCUUGACGUCGAGCUCGGUGGCUUCGGGUACGUCCCACUCCAUAUCACUGUCCUGUUUGUUAAACCACUUCAUUAGCAACGGCGAAUUUGAAAUGACCACAAACUCUGAUUCAAACGUCUACAUCUCAAAUGGUCAGCUCUACAUCAUGCCCACUCUCACCAGCGACAGCAUCCCCGGCGGUUGGAAUGCCGUCAUGAACAACGGCAGUUAUCAGCUUCAAGACUGUACAGCCCAAGGCGGAGGUAAUUUUUUCUCCUCGCAGUUAUCAUCUCCGUGCUCAUUCCGUGUAGUUACAG